AUGUUCGCCGCCAUCAAAGCAAUAAAUGCGAGGAUUCGCUCUAAUAAGACCCUGGAUUACUUCUGCUCAACACAUUUCUGGGGCCCUGCCUCUAAUUUCGGCAUACCAAUUGCCGCCGUGUCGGACAUCCAGAAAGACCCUGAAAUCAUCUCCGGACGAAUGACAGGAGCCUUCAUCGUCUGCUCGGCCCUCUUGAUGAGAUAUUCCCUCGCAGUGCGGCCGAAGAAUUACUUGUUGUUUGCGAUGCAUACGGUCAAUGUCGGUGCUCAGUCGAUUCAAAUGAUGCGUUUUGUGAAUCAUUGGUACCUACAAGAAAGGACGCCGGAAGCGGUGGUAGGAGCAGUUGCAAAACCGUAA